GGGCCGCCACAGCGGGGCCGGGAGCGGAGCGGAGCGGAGGGGCGCCGCCACGUGCCGCCCGCGCCAUGGAGCUGGAGGAGCUGGGCAUCCGGGAGGAGUGCGGCGUGUUCGGCUGCAUCGCCUCCGGCGCCUGGCCCACGGAGCUGGACGUGCCCCAUGUGAUCACGCUGGGGCUGGUGGGGCUGCAGCACAGGGGCCAGGAGAGUGCUGGAAUUGUGACAAGUGAUGGAGAGUCAUCCCAGGCAUUCAAAGUGCACAAGGGAAUGGGUCUUAUAAAUCAUGUCUUCAAUGCGGACAGCCUGAAGAAACUGUACGUUUCAAACCUCGGUAUUGGGCACACAAGGUACUCCACUUCGGGAAUUUCUGAGCUGCAGAACUGCCAGCCUUUUGUUGUAGAGACUCUUCAUGGGAAGAUCGCUGUGGCACACAAUGGGGAGCUAACAAAUGCUGUACGACUCAGGAGGAAGCUUAUGCGACAUGGUGUAGGACUGUCAACCAGCUCUGACAGUGAACUGAUCACCCAGCUGCUGGCUUUCACACCUCCUCUAGAGAAUGAUGAUACAGCCGACUGGGUAGCAAGAAUAAAAAAUUUAAUGAACGAAACGCCAACUUCAUAUUCAUUGCUAAUUAUGCAUAAAGACAUAAUCUAUGCAGUACGUGAUCCAUAUGGGAAUCGCCCACUCUGCAUUGGUCGUCUUAUUCCAGUAGGAGACAUGAAUGGAAAAGGGAAAGAUAACAGUGAAACAGAAGGAUGGGUAGUCUCUUCCGAAUCCUGUAGCUUUUUGUCUAUAGGCGCAGAGUACUAUCGUGAGGUCCUUCCUGGAGAGAUUGUGAAAAUAUCUAGAUAUGAUGUCCAGACACUGGAUGUUGUACCAAGACCUGAAGGAGAUCCAUCAGCAUUCUGCAUCUUUGAAUAUGUUUAUUUUGCAAGACCAGACAGUAUUUUUGAAGGUCAGAUGGUGUAUUCAGUCAGGAGAAGAUGCGGGCAGCAGCUUGCUAUUGAAGCACCCGUGGAAGCGGAUCUGGUCAGCACUGUUCCAGAGUCUGCAACCCCAGCAGCUCUUGGUUAUGCUCAAAAGUGUGGCCUACCAUACGUAGAAGUACUCUGUAAAAACCGAUAUGUAGGAAGAACAUUUAUCCAGCCAAAUAUGAGAUUACGGCAACUUGGUGUUGCAAAGAAGUUUGGUGUCCUCUCUGAUAAUUUUAAAGGCAAGCGAGUUGUUAUAAUUGAUGACUCAAUUGUGAGAGGCAAUACCAUUUCACCCAUAAUAAAACUACUGAGAGAAUCAGGAGCCAAAGAGGUGCACAUCCGUGUGGCUUCACCUCCCAUAAAGUUUCCAUGUUACAUGGGAAUAAACAUUCCAACUAAAGAAGAACUGAUUGCCAACAGACCUGAAUUUCAUGAUCUUGCAAACUACAUAGGAGCAGACAGUGUUGUCUAUCUUUCUGUGGAAGGGCUGGUAUCAUCUGUACAAGAAAGCAUCAAAGCAAGACAAGAGAAUGAGAACAACCUGAAGAGCCAGAAGUCGCGCAUGGGGAAGAUCGGUCACUGCACAGCAUGUCUCACUGGGGAGUAUCCUGUGGAGCUGGAAUGGUGAAUUCUCUGUGGGUGGACAUCAGUGCAGCUCUUGUUGAAUGUAACUUUUUCAAAGAUGCCUUCUUAGUAAUAAGUCUUUUUACAUUUAGGUAAUAUGGAAAGCUUAUUACAGCUGACUAAUUACUAUUAUUAAAACACAUCUUUACAGUGAAGACUUAAAGAAAGUCCGAUGUGCUGAUGAAAACAGAUUAAGCAGCUGAAAAUACAGAAUUGUAAGAGUUUUGAUGCACAGUUGUGCCUUCUAUUUUCUCAUAAAAUAAUAAAAAAACCAAAGUUUUUUUAAUUACCUGGGAGUCCCAGAGUUUUUUGGUUGGAUCUGGCCCUGAAAGAUAUCCCCGUUAAACUUGUUGACAAAUCUGGGAUCGUGUGGUAUAAUUGCAAAUUAUCAAAACUUUAAUGCAAAAGUAUGUAAAGUUUGCUUUUCUCGUUAUAAAAAACCACCAGAUUCUGAAGAAUCAAAUUGCUUCCUCGGCAGCUCUUGCUUAAGCCUUUUAAGAAUAGAAGUGCCCAACUUUUGCAUAUACAGCUCAAACAGCCUUUUCUAAUUGAGCCCUUCAUAACAGAUUCUAUAAACAUAAUGUCCAGCACAUGAUUUUAAAAAAUGAACACUCAGGGAAAUGCUCAGCCAAAAGCUCUCUAGUUUUAUAACUUUAAAAUUCUUUUUUUUAAAGUUUUUGAUGUGUAAUUAUAUUAUCUUUGUGUGCUUUUUACCAGUUGCCAGUGGGACGUGGAAGGAGAAAAAAUACUUGGCACUGCCAUUUUUUUUUCUGUUGUACAUCUUGUUUUUUUCCAGGAUGAGUCCUAACAAUUUCUGACACCCAAGCUAACACACAGUGGGCUUUUGCAUAUGUCAACAUCCAAAGUAAACUCUAAAUCACUUUUAAUUUUUAACAGUAAAAACAAUACAUCAACUGAAGAUUAUGAGCUGUUUUGGGUAUAGUCUGAUUUUAUCAUAUUGAUCCUGUUAGAAUAAGUGUAAUGUUUUUUUAAAGAAAACAUUAGCUAUUGAAUUCAUUGUAUUUUUUAAUUGCUCACAAUUACACGUUACUUGUAUACAUGAAGAUCACUUGGACAGUGAACCACUAGCUGAAAAUGGAUGAGCACCUUUUGAAAAACUACUGUAGAUUUUCGCACAAUUGUAAAACUAUUUUGUAUACCUCAGUUGUUUUUCGCUGAAAGCCAAGAGCUUAAUUUUAGAGUUUCUAUUUAAUAUUGUGUAUUUUGGCCUUAUAAUUGUUUGUGACAAUGUUUAAAAAAAAAACUAAAAAAAAAAAAGUUUAAGAGCUUCUUCCUUCCCCAUCAUAUUCCACAUAGUUGAGAAUUACAGCAUUGAUAAUUAAAAGGGAGCUUUCUUACAUGGGCUUUGUAGCAAUGAUCCCUGCUACUGCCACAACACAAAAGUCCCAAUCCAAGAAAGCAUGUAAAUACAUUUAAUGAAGUCGAGAAUGUGCCUCGGGCAGUGGAAUCAGAACCUACUUGCAGUCAAGCCCAUGGGAGAAUCUCGACUUUUAGGAGUUCUUUUUGUGCUCUUACUGUGUUUUCUUCACCAAAUCCCUGAUCUGCAUAUUGGGGGAGAGUCUUCAGUGCAUCUCUUCUAUCCAAUUAGCAAGCUGUGUGGGGCUUUUUUUUAAAUAGAACCACAACAGCUCACCUGAAUUGUAAAUUGGGGAAAAAAAAAAAAAAAAGAGGCUGAAGUCACUCUGAUUGCCCCCUUUUCAGGGGGGCAAUCAGGGAGGUGGAUGAGAAAACAGAAAAACUGACUUUCACCUUUCUUCUUUCCUGCCCUCCAAAAAGCAACCAUAAAAGAAGGGUUAAGUCCAGCUCUUAGGUUAUAGAUAUGUAUGAGGAGUGCAUUGUACUAGAGGUAAGAACUAAAGGUUGCAAACAGAAGUCUAACACUUUUAUCUGAAAUUGUCCAUAGAAUAGACUGUAAAUGAAACUUUUGCAAAUACUCUUGUAACAUUUUCAAGAAAAAUGUUAUUUUUAGGGUCUGAUAAUAAUUGAUUAAAUGGGAUUGGAGCAUUAGGUGGCAUAAUUCUGAUUUCAAAGUGAAUCCUUUUUUCUCCCUCUGUGAAAUAACAAGGUCUGCUACAAUAAGCAGUGUUCAUUUCCAGAUACACUACAUGCCUGAUCCUUAGUUUGCAUUUUUCAAAACCUUAGGCUGAAGGGGAGAUACUUUUGAAGUGUCCUUUUAUUCCUGGAUGGCUGGGUUUAUGCUUCAGAUUACCAAGCCUUUAUCACAUACAGUAGACACACUUGCAGUGAGUAUGUCAAGGGUGAAAACUGUUCUGGCUUUAGGAGUUGCUCUCUGUUAUUUUCAUGUUCUACUGUGAAACUUUCUGCUGUAUCAUCAAUGUGCAACUGUGCCAAAUUAUCACGUGCAAAGUGUGACAAAACAGUAGGAAGCUGAUGUGUAACUUCUCCCACCUGUAACAUUAAAAA